AUAGGAGACCAAGCAUCGAUCAUAGGAGGAGCCAUUAAUUUUGUGAAGGAACUGGAGCAACUCCUACAAUCACUAGAGGAACAUAAGAGAAUUAAACAAAGAUCAGAGUCCGGUUUCUCUGCCCCAUUUGCAGAUUUCUUCACCUUCCCUCAAUUCUCCUCAAGCUCAGUUCACUGCAGGAACACCGCAGUGGAAAAUGAAUCUGUGGCUGAGAAUAGCUCAGCCAUUGCGGACAUCGAAGUGACCAUGGUGGAAAGCCAUGCAAACCUUAAAGUGCUCUCAAGGAGACGACCAAAGCAGCUCUUGAAGAUGGUUACAGGGUUCCAAGCUCUUCAACUCACUGUGCUCCACCUUAAUGUUAUAGCCGUUGAUCAAAUGGCUCUCUACUCCUUCAGUGUGAAAGUUCAGGAAGACUGCCAACUUACUUCAGUGGAUGAAAUUGCCAUGGCUGUUCAUCAAAUGCUGGGUAGGAUUCAGGAGGAGUCUGCAUUGAGUCAACACUUCCUCUUCUAUGGAUAA